CAGUUUUUACUAAAUACUACAGCAAUUAGUCUCGGACCAUUUUAAUUUUACAUUCUGCUUUUAGACCCUGAGUUCAAAGAGCUUGUGACACUGCCUGUUCUUCCUCUUUGUGAAUUUGAGCUGAGCGGCCCAGAAGGUUUUGUGGACUCAACCCAGAUAGCGAGAGAGAGCCAAGCUCUGGAAACUGAUGCUGUGGACUGCAGAUGGUAUAUCAGGGCUCCAUUGAAUUCAAAGAUCUACAUGCGCUUUAUGGAGUAUGAGAUGCACAAUUCCAAUGAGUGCAAGCGGAACUUUGUUGCCAUUUAUGAUGGCAGCAGCUCAGUUGAGCACCUAAAGAAUAAAUUCUGCUCAACUGUAGCCAAUGAUGUCAUGCUGGUGUCCUCUGUGGGAGUCGUGAGGCUGUGGGCGGACGAGGGAAGCCGGAGAAGCAAAUUCAAGAUUCUCUUUACAACCUUCCAUGAACCGCCGUGUGAAGGUGACUCCUUCUUCUGCCACAGCAACAUGUGCAUCAACCACACAUUGGUCUGCAAUGGCAUCCAGAACUGUGUUUAUCCCUGGGAUGAGAAUCAUUGCAAAGGAAAGAGGAAAGCCAGUAUCCUGGACACCUUGGAUAGUACUAACCUUAUCAUCAUAGGAAUAACAUGUGGCCUGGUUAUUAUCCUACUUAUCAUCUCUGUCAUCAUCCAGAUCAAACAGCCACGCAAGAAAUAUAUCCGCAGAGACGACCUCGAUCCCGCCCUCCUCCACCCUGUGUUCGAGCCUCCUCACUAUGAGCUGUGCACUCUGCGGCAUGCACCGUCCAUUGACCUGGCUGAGGCCGCAAUAGCCGAGGACUUUGAAACACUGAACAAGCUUCACCGCUCCCCAUCCUCCAAAUGCAUCCAUGAGCACCACUGCGGCUCGCACCAGGGGAGCAUACAGGGCAGCAUCCACAGAAGCCACAGCAACUUGAGCUUGAGGGAAGCCACCAUUUUACCUGACGGGGCACCACCAGUGAUAGUGAGCCAGCAGUCGCCACACCUCUCCCACCAUUCAGCCCCAACCAGCCGAAGGAGCAUCCUGGUGAUGAAGCACAGCUACUCUCAGGAUGGGGUAGAUGAGUACGGAGCGGAGGAAGACGAGGAUGACGAUAUGAUGCUGGAUGAUGAUUCCAUCAUGGCCCAAUGCUGCAUGCAUCCCCAUCAGAUCCACCACGACUCAUCAGAGCUGGAUCACGGUGCUCACCACUCACUGUCCAAUGACUUCUAAUGUAAGACAUGAUUCUCCUGGUGCCCUCAGUCAUAGAAGGAAUUAAUAACUAGUUAAUUUGCUAAAACCACAUAGAAAUAAUUCACUUAAUACUUUACAUACUGGAGCUUGGACAUAAACAUCUCUUGAUAGAAUAAAAAUGGCAAUUUUUAAAAGCUGAUUUCAGUGUAAUUGU